AUGUCUACCACUUGGUUGAAGUUGAAGUUUAAGCUGCUGCCGCUGCUGUUGGUCGCCGCGCCUUUCCUCUUGGGCCAAUGCCAGGCACACGCUGGAGAGAGUCACGAAGCCGGCAAAGUCAACAAUGUCACGCUGACUCCACCAGGACUCAUCGUCGCACAACAGCAGCAGCAGGAGCAGGACGAGGAGUGGGAUCAGGACCAACUGACACCACAUGCGGCCCCAUCGUCGCAGCGGAAACUCUCGAGAGGCAAACGUUUUGUGGCCUUUCCCCAGGGUUCAUCAGCUUCGGGCGCCGUCUGUCUGACCACCGGUGUCAUCGGCAACCCCAACCUGCUGUACCUCAGCUUGGGCAUCAAUUGGGGCGUUGCCUAUGACCUGCCCAAUGUCACCUGGGUCCUACAGAAUGCCCAUGGCUGGACCACCAAGAAGUCGGCCAAGGCGCAAAUCAAGCGCAGACAUCGACGGGAGCUCUACAACCGCCUGGAGACAAUGAUAGACAGCAUGGGUUAUAAUGGACAUGACUGCGUUUUGAGAACACUCUGCGAGAGUCGGCAGUGGUUUCAGAGCACCAAGAUGAACAUGAUUGGCGAGAUGCUCCGCAUUAUAUUCAGCCUGCCGAAGCAAUCACUCUUCACACGCGAACUGCGUGAGAAUCCGGAUAUUGUGCACUAUGAUAAGGCAUAUCGACAUGGACAUAUCACCGACUGCACCCAGUAUCAAUGCCACUUCUCACUGCUGGAACUGGCCUUUGGGAAAUACUCUACACCGCCUAAGAAUUAUUAUGCCUAA